CACUGGGUGAGCUGGGGCUGGGACCCAAAUGACAGAGAACAGGACGCCACCUUCAUACACGUGUUCUUCUUUUGCUUGGUCACCCUGAUGAUGGUAACUGGUGGCUACUUCAUCGCUUAUUGCCCUUCUUCACAGAUGCACGACUGGGCCAUACGAGAAGCAUACCUUGAGAUCCGGCGUCGGGAGUCCGCAGGGCUGCCGCACAUCGACCGCAAUCUGGUGCCCGAGGAUCAGGUCGAGCUGCCGUCCGAGGAAGAGCUCGGUGAUAUGGAGAUCAUCAUCUAAGAUGACAGCCCCGGGUUGUCCCUCUUGUAUUAUUGCUUCGUAGCGGAAAUAAAUAUGAUAAUUAAGA